ACACUGGCGCAUACAGUACUCUCUGUCAGUCCACUAUAACUCUGCAGAUUCUGUGAUGAUCUAACUCACCAUCUUUCGGCUGAAUGUGUGAUGUCACCAAACAAUCUGAGACCUCAGCAGAGAAACAAACACUGAUACGAAUUGAUCACAGCCUGAUUGAUAAAUACUGAUCAGUUUACUUGUCCUGCAGCCAAACUGGUCCCGGUGGGUUACGGCAUCAAGAAGCUGCAGAUCAGCUGCGUGGUGGAAGACGACAAGGUGGGCACAGACAUCCUGGAGGAGCAGAUCACAGCCUUCGAGGACUUCGUUCAGUCGAUGGACGUCGCUGCUUUCAACAAGAUCUGAGAACAAAUGUCAUGUUAAUAAAGAGCACUUCAACACAGAACCAUUGUGUGUGUGUGUGUGUGUGUGUGUGUGUGUGUGUCUGAGUUAUUCUGAAGGGAACCAGCAGGGGGCGCCCUCUGGCACACAGUGAUUGAAAGAUUCAGAUUCUGGGAUAUUUUGCUCCAUACGUGUUUUUGUUUUUAAGAUUUGGAGGGGAAAAAAACAUCAAAUGCACUUAAGUUCAGAUUUCUGUUCUAGAAAUGUAUACAAAGCACAUUUAAUUAGAUAAUACUUUAUUUUAUUUUAUUUUUUUUAAUUGAAAAAUAAAAUGUUGGAAAAGCUGCAAUUAAAAGAAAUGUUCAUGUAUGUAUUCAACUGGGGACAUUUUAUGGUGAUUUUUGUUCCCUAUUUUUAACUUGUUUAGAAUUGAAGAAAAUAAAUAAAUCUAGGGAUUAAAAGGUAAAACUUCUAGGCUUAAUUCUGACAAUAACAUAAUUGAUAAACUGAUCUAUAAUCAAUAAUCAGAGUGUGGUUUAAACUGAUGGAUGGAUCGAUCAUAGCACCUUAUAAACAGGGUGCAGUUCCGGGUGUGGCCGUUGGGCGCUGUUCUGCUGAAGUGUCUCAGACUCUUCCGGGGAUCGAGCAACAGCAGAAGAAGAAUCAGACCGGAAACUAAACAGAGCUGUGGAGCAGCGCGCGGAGGAAGAACACUUCAGUCUGCGCGAAAGUAAACAACAGAACAACAACAAACAGCUACAGGCUCAUGGAGUCUCCACCUGAAACUCUCACCUGGUUACCGUUGGUUACAGCAUGGAGCGCUCUGAUUGGAUGGAUAACUCACUGACUGCACUGCCUCCAGAUCUCCAGUCAGCAGCAGGAUGUCACACCCUUCAGAUGAAGGUGACCAGAGAAAGGCGGAGUCUACCAGCAGGAUGUGGGCGGAGUCUCAGCCAGGUCCGUCCAGGUGUCAGCCCAGCAGACAGGGUUACUGUGGAUACUGCAGAGUCCUCUACAGCAACCUGGAACAGCACCUGUCCAGUCUCAGACACCUGGAUUCUGUCCGGGCGUCCUCCCGAGGCUCAAGUACCGUCACCUCCGCCAGCAGCAGCAGAACCAAACUAACCCUGCUGGAGCGUUUCCUGCAGGACGUCCUGCAGCACCAUCCGCACCGCUACAACGACCCCAGGCCGUCUCACGCCGACCUCCCGUCAGUCUCCGCCCCUCUGUUGCCGAGGGAGGAGCUUGAUGAUCUCUGUUUCUCUGAUGAUGACAGCCGAUCGAAGGGCACCCGUGAGCAGCUGCCCAGCUCUGACGACGCCUCCUGCCAGCAGGCCAGUCAGAAGGAAGACAGGCUGUCUGCACCAAUCAGAGAGCAGGAAGAAGGAGGAGCAGCUCCCACAGGGUACACACAGUCAUCGCACCUACAGACCCCGCCCCCACAGUCUCAGGCCCUGCCCUCUGUCCACAGGAAGGCUCACAGGAAGACGGACAGAAGGAAAACCAGCGACUCCUCCACCUCCUUACCGUCACACCGAGGUCCAGAUCCUGGUCAGCGAUCUCCCACAGAGCUGAGGCCCUGCCCAGACCCUGGCCCCGGUCCAGGCCCCCGUCCAGGCCCCAGCCGAAGCCCCAGUCACCUACCCCCCUCACAGCUAAGGCCCUGCCCAGAACCCAGCCCCUGCCUAGGCUCAAGUCCAGACACAAGCCCAGGUCCCAGUCCAUACCCUGGUCCAGACACCGGCCCAAGUCCUGGUCCCCGGGCUCACACACAGGUGAGGCCCUGCCCAGAACCCAGUCCUUGUCUAGACUCCAGUCCAGGUCCCAGUCUCAGUCCCCAGCCCCCCACACAGCUGAGGCCCAGCCCACAACCUGGUCCCAGUCUGGGCCCCAGUCCUUACCCAAGCCCUGUUCCCGGUCCAGGCCCUGGCCCAAGUCCUGGUCCCCGGCCCCACACACAGCUGAUUCCAUGCCCAGAACCCGGCCCUAGUCCAGGUCCUGGUUCCUGGCUCCCUAAACAGCUGAGGCCUUGCUCAGAUUCUGGCCCAAGUGCAGGCCCUGGUCUAGGCCCUGGUCCCAGUCCACAUCCUGGUCCCCGGCUCCCUAUGCAGUUGAGGCCCUGCUUAGAACCCAGCCCUAGUCAAGGUGCUGGUCCUGGUCCCCGGCCCGCCACACAGCUGAGGCCCUGCCCAGAUUCUGUCCCCAGUCCAGGCCCUGGUCAGGGUCCAGGCCCUGGACUGCGACCCCCCUCACAGCUGAGACCCUGGCUGAGCUGGCAGAAGGAGAGGAGGGAGGCUCUAAAAGAGGAGGCGUUCUCCUCGGACCACAGCGACUCUGUGGAUCAGACCAUCGAGGAGGUUAUCCAGAGAUGUUGCCAUGGCUUCAGUUCCCCUCCCUGCCAGCAGGAGGAAACAGACAGCUUCCACUUCAGCCUCCCUGCUUCCAUGGAAACGCAGAGUGACAACUGGGACUCACCUGCCCAGCGAGGACAAACAUUGAGCCAGGUGGAGGAGCAGGACCUGAGCCAUCUGAUGGACGUUCAGGUGGACCUGGAGGACCAGAUGUACUCCUACCAGCUUGAGUCCGCCCUUCACAGCGAUCGGCAAGCAAGGGGUGGGGCCAGACAGGAGCAGGGCAUCUGGACUCUACCGAUAGAGGAGGUCCUACCGGCCCCGCGACACAUCCCAGAAUCCUUCAGGGGGAAGACCUGGACCCAGAUUGAACAAGAGGACGAGGAGAAGGUGGACAAACUGGUGCGACAGUUCAGACGGGGGAGAUUCAUCUGCUACUUUGACACCGAGUCUCUGGCCAGGUACGGGAGGAGGAGCCAAAACAAGAAGAGCUGUGAUGAGUCCAAGGAGGAGGAGCCAGACACUGAUGUCCUGCCUCUGUUGGACCAUGAUGAUGACUCAGCAUACGUCAGGAGGAAGAGGAAGAGGCGGGCCUUCAGAGUGGCGUCCAGGUGUCAGGUGGUCAAAGUCAGUCACAGCACUCAGACAGUCCAAUUGGUUGUUCCUGCUAUCCGUCAACCAGCCGCAGAGGCCCCGCCCACCAGUGUCCCUGUAGCCAAUCAGGAAGCAGCAGAAAGGACUCCUGAGGUGUGGCGCUGUCUCCCUCCGUCGUACUCGAACAUCGUUACACCUCUGCAGCCUCGCACCUCUCUGGUCUAUCUGCUCUGCUCCCCCUCAGGCCCCGCCCCCACCUACACACCUUCACCAGGCUCCACCCCCAAACGCUGCAGGAAGAAGAGGCGUCCGCUGGACCUGCAGGGGUUAAAGGUCAAAUACAAACAACUUCCUGUGAGGUUCUACGACACCAGCAGCAACCGCAUCCUAAAAAACCUGCCCAAAGGCUUCCUGUGGCGACGGGGUUCCACCUCCAGCCCACCCCCGCCUUGUGUCCGUCAGCUGUUCAGGAGUCUGAGUCCAGAUCUGAACGCUGACAGGCCACUGGGGGAGGGGGCCGCGGGGUCCUCCAGGGUCAAAGGUCAGAGGUCAUCAGACUCACCCUACAGCCACGCCAGUUUCCUGCUGAGCACGCUCAGUAGGGACUCAGCACAAACUGACAAACAGGAUGCAGCCGGGAGGCGGGGCAGGAUUUCUCAAGACCCGCCCCCUCCACCUCCAAGCAGGUCAGAGCGGGGGAGGGGAGGGAAGAGGGACAGGACACGCCCCCCACCCUCCAAAAGAAGAACCAAGGCUCAGGCCACGCCCCCCCAGCCCAGGAGAGAAGGCCUGCGCCGGGCGGGACCCAGCAGGGGAGUCCCCAGCUCCACAGACCCGCCUCACCCCCCCUCACCCCGCCGGGGGAGGGCCCGGAGGGGGAGGGGCUGUGAGCGGGGACGAAGGUAGCAGGAUACCUGUUCAGGUAUCAGCCUCGUUUGUAAACUACAGAACGAUGCCUUUACUCAUCACUCAGAGGUCGGACGUCAGACGAUCCACAACCGUGACUGUGGGUUUAUAAACGAGGCUGCUGGACUUGACUUGAUGUCGAUAUUAGAAUAAAAUCAUCUGAUCAAUAUCAAAGAUCAUUUUACAUCUGUGUGCAGAAAAAUACAAAUGAACCUGUUUUUAAAACCUUAUUCAUAAGUUUUAUUUUUUUAUUUUAUUUUUUCAUGAAAUCACAGAAAAGUAGAAAUUAUUUAAACAUACAAAAAACCUGUGCACACAAAUAGAAAAUGAAACUAGAGUUUGAUGAAAUUAUUUUAUGAUAAUGUUGGCAGUUUGUGACACUAAACCUUUUCUUAAGGUGCUGUCCUUUGAUCUUUUCUACCUUUACACUCGUCUUUAUUUAUAUAUCAACAAUAAACAGCUUUUUGUAACCUGAA